CUUUUUCCUGCAAUUUUGAUGGGGGCGGCGCCCUAGCGCCCCUUAUUAACAAGCCGUCACUGCUGAUAGGAUGAAUCUCCGUUUAAACUGCGCUCAGUUUAUUCAUAACCGUCUGCGCGUGCAUACAAGUAGCUGACGGUUUGUAACGUUAAAUCUAGUUUUACGCUGUUUAGGAUACGUCACAGCCGUUAUUCUAGAUCAAAACCAUAGACUGUAUAAAAUCAAAACGGACGUUACCUUAACGUAACCUAACGUUAAUUAGAGGUGCCCUCCAUGCUGGUGGGAUGAAUAGCUCUGUGACGGAGAUGGACACAGCACAAAACAAAGAACAGGGAUGUAUUGACACUGAUGACCACUCUUCAAAAGACUGUGGUACUGAGAAGGACCCUAAUGUCCACAAUGGACCUGCAGGGACUCCUGUAUGGGCAGGGUGCACUUCAGAUGUCUGUUUGCCUGAGGUAGUUCCUCUUCCUCAUCAGCAUAGUGUCCAGCCAGGAAUGGUGGACCCCCUCACCUUAAGGUUCCACUGUCCAUAUCAGUCCACUCAGAGUCAGCCUACGUACCCAGACUACCCCCUGGAGCCCCAGUCAAGUCAGUAUCAUCUCCUCACUGGCCCUGUGGUAUGUCCACCAGACAGCAGCCAGCAGAGCUCAGUUUCUGCUCCUUGGUUUACUCAGGAACCCAUUUACUGCAGCAUGGUGCCGGGAGACUUAUAUACCCCGUUAUCUAGCAUCUGUGUACCACAGGCCAUGGACCAUCAGCAGUUUCAGGAGGGACCGACUGAAUUUACAUCCCACAUUACACAACCUGUGGUGUGUAAUGUGAGUGGAGAUGGGCAGGUGGUGCUGUUUAACCCUUGUGAGCCAGGACCUGUGUUCCUUACCUUGGAAUCUGAACCAGCACACAGAGAUGAUGGCCUGACUCAGGGGAGAGAUGCGAGUGUGUCAGGGAAUCCAAGCCAGUUUCUCCAGUGCCACCAGACAACUUGUCCCUUGUAUGAGUCCAGAGACCAGACAGCCAUUAUGCAGCCUCCAGCUCCUCCAGCCCGAACUGUGUCCAGGAAACGCUGCCACUGCACCAAAUCCCAGUGCCUCAAACUCUACUGUGAGUGCUUUGCUAAUGGACUGAUGUGCAGCAACUGUAACUGCUCGAACUGCCACAACAACACAGAGCAUGAAAUGAAGCGUCACAAGGCAAUUAAGUCAUGUUUAGGUCGUAACCCAGAUGCCUUCAGGUCUAAGAUUGCUUGUGGGAAGUCAGGAGAGGUCAAAGGUUGCCACAACAAAGGCUGCAACUGUAAACGCUCCGGCUGCCUGAAGAACUACUGCGAGUGCUAUGAGGCCAACAUUAAGUGUACCUCCAGUUGUAAAUGUGUCGGCUGCAAAAACUAUGUCGACGCCUCAGAAACGGGCCUCAAAGAGGAGACUGAAGAUGUCAACAACAACUUUCCUUUAUCCGUGAUAACGCCUGCUGUGGUGGAUGCUGUGUGCGGCUGUCUGCUGGCCCAGGCUGAGGAGGCUGAGAUGGAGGCCGGGAGCCUGGCCCAGGCUGAGCACAUGGUCCUGGAAGAGUUUGGAAACUGUCUCUCACAGAUCGUCAAGGCUAUGUUCAAGUGAAAUACGUACUGCGAUGGAAUUACACUUUGGAGACACCUCUGGAUCACAGAGCACAGCUGCUUUCAGCCAGAACAACGGGGAUGUUUGAAUUCAUACAGUGGGAUCUGGAAGGUUGCUACUACUUUUUAAUGUGUGCACUUUAAUGGCUGUUGUAUGUCACCAGCAGUACACAAAGCAAUGACUAACACUCAUACAAAAUUGCUUUAAUCUUUAACUACAUCUCUGUGAAUUAAUAUACAGGGUUUAAUUGCUAUAUACUUUUAUUAUUCUUACUUAUUAAUUUCACACUGGUUCAUGUUUCUAUGCUGCUGAGUGGAGUUUAUUUUGGAUAAUGUUUUAAUAUUAAUACCGGACAAAAAAAAAAAAAGUUUGUUGAGAAGUAUCUUAUUUUUAAGAUUAUUUUUGUGCUGUUUUGGUUGUGAUUUAAAACGGUUGCGUGUUCAGCAUUGUGGAUGGACAGGUACAGUGCUUAAUAUAUUAUAUAAACCACUAUAUUAUUGUGUUGCCAUAUUUUAAAACAUUCUUAUAAGUCGCAACCUUUUGUCGAACCUUUCUUGUAUAUCUCUACAUAUCCCAAACUUUUCUAUAACUCUUUUUCU